UUUUCUUAUAAAAAUUGUUGCAAAGAGAUAUAAUUUAACUUGAUUAACACCAGAGCCAGGCGCACUGCGCCGUUAUCUCCGUCACUGUAAAUGAGGGAAAAACAAAUUGAUCGGAUGCUUUUCUGACCUUCCCCACCUACAAAGUUUAAUUACAACAAUCAAACGUGACAGAGCCUGGAUUUGUAAUCUGAACAGUCUAAACAUGUUUUAAAAAGAAACGUAUGACAAAAGUGGCACCUGCUCAGUAAAACCACCAACAGGGUGAAAAAUAUCUAAAUAUUGUCGGCAGAGACGGACUACAACUUCUGGAUCCACUUUAUAUAAAUCGUUUUAUUGAUUAUCGUCUUAUGAAAGAUAACUGACGUACACGAGCGACCGGUACUGGCUGCUGUCACCUGUUGUGAUUGGUUAAAGCAGCUCUCUGCUGUCUGGGGGUAGGCCCCGCCCACAACGCUGCGGCUGCUGUGGCUCCCAGUGUUUUCUUUACUGUGGGAAACAGGUAAUAAUGGCUCUUUGAUGGGAACAGGUUGCCGACCCCUGGGUUAACUCUUUGUGUGAAUGUUUUACACAUUUAUGUGAAGUGGAUGUUAAAACCUUAUUGUUAUUCUUAUGAUGUAUGAGUAUACUGGUAGAUUAACUUGUUAAAUCAACAAAUACUGAUAUGGUGUAGUUUAAGAUCUGUAAUUAAUCAUUGCAGGAAAAAUAUUCAUUUUAACACAUCAUUGAUUAAUGCAAACAUUAUUCCCUUUGGGAUUUAACAAGAGACGAUUAUAUGACACUUGUGCAAUUAUCAAGUUUUAAAAAGUCAUUUAUGAUUCAUGGAAGAUGAACUUUAAUUAGAGUGGGAGUGAAGGAGUUUCUUCUUCUGCCUUAGACCUUGAGCAAAGAUAUUAUGACUUCCUUGACUGGUUGCACGUCUCAUAUCCCUGUUUUUCUUUCUUGGAGGCCAGACAGAUGUGAUGCGUCCCUGGAUGUGUGACGCAGUUUGUGGCUUCAAAUUAAAAGUUAAUUUCUGGUCAUUUUGAUAAAAACCUUCAACAUUGGUACACUACAGAUACAUAAUCAAUAAACAUUACCAAAUGGGUUAUGGGCAUUUGUAAAUGUUUACCUUGUCAUUUGUUGUAGAUAUUUGUUAAUGUCAACUCAAGCCUUCAUAAUGAUUUGUUUUAUAUUACCUAAUACCUUGUAAAUGAUCUGUUAAUAACUUACUAAACACUUAUAAAUGUAUUUGUAAACGUCAUCAGAUCCCUUCAUAAAUAUUUUGUUCGUCAUUAUCCAAGACCUUGAAAAUGAUCUGUUAAUGACUUACUAAACACUUAUAAAUGUUUAACAACAAAACAUUAUUAUAAAGCAUUACCGAAGAUGAAUCUGCCAGUUCCUUUCUGUUAGAGUAUUAUAUUUUUAUCAGAGUGACUUCAUUUAGUUGAAUGUUUCUGUGAUAACCUAGCUUCUUCAUCUUUGGCUCCAUUCUCACAUAGAGACAAAAACACUAAAAGAUUUCUAUUAAUAGAGACUCACAUCACAGAAACAUAAACACAUAUGGAGAGGCCACACACAUGAUCCAAAUUCCUGAUCUGGUUUAACAUCAAAUGGAAUCUGAGUGUGUUCAUUCAGGCAUGGUUGAGGGAUUUUAGAGGUAAAUAAAAACAAAAAACCUCCACUUAGAUGUGCACAUCAAAACAAAUUAUUGUGUUAUUAAAGGAAGAUGAGGUAACCGAGGGUUAACUUACAGCUGGCUUAGGACUUAGUGCUUAAAAUAGAAAUGGCGUCAUGUGUUUGGUUUGGUCAUAAAUUAGGAAUUAUGUAUUUCUUGGGGCUUCUUUAGUCAUAUAUCAUAUUGUUGGUAUUCUAUUUGUGUGAUUUAUGACUAAAUACUGAAACUAGCUAAAUAAAACAGAAAACUGAUGUUUCAUCAUCACCAAUCAGCAUUCUUAGCAGAGGAACUCCUCUGACUCCCCUAUCUUUGCAUAACAGUGCCUAAACUGAGCUGGGCAUUGGGGUGGGGGCUAGAUCUGAGCACAUGAGGACUGUAAUGUGAUCUUUUCUGUGUGACAGCAACCAUUUUUCCUUCAGUGGUUUGACAGAGGUAUAUAAGAGACAGUCGGGGACAACGACGGCCACAGGGACAAGCAAGAGUACGCUCCGUGUCCCUGCCGGAGAGCAGUGGACUUAAAUCUGCCUCCAGGUUUCCUCAAAGACAGAGAAGGAAUGGGACUGCUCAGUGUCGAAGAGCUGGUGACCAGUAAGAGGUCAGAGGGCAAAGAGUAUGGUGACUUCCAAGGGGGUGUGUAUGAAGCAGCUGUCAAUCAGGAGAAGCAGGAUGACCUCAGGUCGCUCCAAGAGCUGGACGUUGGACGAGGAACACCAGAGGACAUCCACAGCAGCAGAGAGCAGGAGGAAGUUGGGGUGGUGGUUCUGAAUACGGAUGAAAACGGGAGGUUGAAGUUGGAGACGGUGGACGAUCUGUUCAACAUCCUGCAGCUGAAGAAGAGGAGGAGGGAGAGGAAGGUUCCACUCCAGAUGAUCAAAGAACCAGAGCUGGUGCCAGAGAUCGUGGACAAGCAGCUGUUUCUGUCGGCUGUCAUGGAGAAUAAAUUUUCUGUGGUGGAGAAGUUCCUGAGAGACGGAGGAGACCCAAAUGUGGCUGACAAUUUCCAGAGGACGGCUCUGCACAAAGCAUCUUUCAAAGGACACGUGGAGGUAAUGAGGAGACUCCUGGAGGCUGGAGCUAGCAUCAAGCAGAAAGACCAGCUGGAGGCCACGGCCGUCCACUGGGCCUGCAGAGGAGGCAGUCUGCCCUCGUUGGAGCUCCUCCUCAACCAGGGAGCGGAGAUCAGCUCCAGAGACAAGCUUUUCAGCACACCUCUGCACGUAGCUGUGAGGACGGGACACUGCAAAUGUGCUGAACAUCUCAUCCACUGUGGAGCAGACGUCAACGCCAAGGACAGAGAUGGAGACACACCAAUGCACGACGCCGUCCGGAUCAACAGAUUCAAGAUGAUCAAGCUGCUAAUGAUGUAUGGAGCCAGUCUCAGCACCAAAAACUGUGAUGGAAAAACUCCACUGGAGACCCUGUAUUCCUGGCAGAACGGAGCCAAAAGCCUCCUGAACAACUUGAAUGAAGAGAAACCUGAUCUGUCAAAUUUCUAAUUACCUGCCUUCAUUCUUGUCUGCGAUUUUGAACCAACAACCCGCCAGAUUGAUUGUUUUUAUUAGCAGGCUGUUGUCUGGGAUUAGUAACAUCUGAUCAAUAAUGUGAACUCCAUUCAGGAUGUUUUUGUGUAAUGAUGUGAUUUUUGCUCAGAUAAAUAUUGCUGGACAAUAUUUUAACUUUAGGCUGAGUUGAACUCAGGCGAUUUGUUUAUUAAACCAAUGAGACGUGU